AGUAGCAGUCGUUUGACGCGCUCACGAAGAAGAGAAAGUAGCGGAGAAGAACCUUUUGUUAUGGAGAAUCCGCGGGUCCCUGAAACAAUUCCAUCGCCUUCAGUGGACCCUCUUCCAAUUCCUUCGACAAUCUCUCAAAUUGAUCUGCUGAAGAUCAUGUCUCAACAGCAAGAGGCUGCUGAGCGCCAACAACAGCAACUUCUUCAGCUGCUUCUUGAUCAACAAGAGCAGCGAAAAAGAGAACAAGAACAACAGUUGGAACAGCGAAAAAGAGAACAAGAACAACAGUUGGAACAGCGAAGAAGAGAACAGGAACAACAGCUGGAACAGCGCAGGCUUGAUAGAGAAGCACAAGAACGAUCCGAAACUAGUCUACACGAACUGUUCCGGACGACUGUGGCAGCUCUUCAGGCUGUUCAUCAGGUGAAUGGCUCAGGAGAACCGGCUGUCACUCCACGAGGUUCCAGAGUCGUUACGCCGCUUCUCUCUCCUGUUCCUUCUCCUGUUCCCGUUUCCGCUGUUCGACAGGUCCGACAUCCAGGACGAAUCCAGGAUGUUCGAGAUUCAAGUUUUUGUGAGCACUUUUUCAGGUUAUUUGACACAGCCCUUUCCUUCCAAUCUUCCCCAAUUCCUGAGGAUGACUGGUGGUUUUAUUUUGAAGAAGGACGCAGAAAUAAUUCAGAUAAGAUCGUUUCUUUUCUUUUGAAUACAUAUUCAAUUUAUUUUAUUCAAGUAUUCUCCCAAAUUCACUUAGUGAAUUUGAAUUGUUAUACCAUCACUCACAUUUGUCCUUCCAAAACUCUAGGGUGAACUAUUUCUAAAGAAGUCACCCCACGAUUUCCUUAUUUUAUAUGAAGAGAAGUCUGUUUUCGUCUUAUUUGGACCUGGAAUUGUCGGUUCCCGUUUCGGUGUUUUCAUACGAACCUGUUUCGGAGGGAUCCUUCAUGAAGAAAAUCGAAUUUCUUCCCGACGUCAAUCUGGGCCGUUGCGGAAAACUUUGUAUUCAUGAAGCCACAUAACACUUAAUAACACUAACCUUUAUAAAACAUGGCACAUAAAUUUUUGAGAUUA